UUCAUGGUUAUUCGGUGAUUUUGUUGCGUUUUGUCUAAUUAACUUUAUCGAGUGGCUUCGGGUGCGUUGCGCAAAACACAGAAGCGAUAAUAAUAAUGGGUGAUCUGGACAAAUGGAUUGAGAUUGUGAAGGAAUGCAAGUAUUUGCCCGAAAAUGAACUGAAGAAACUCUGUGAUAUGGUCUGCGACAUACUGUUGGAGGAGACAAACAUACAGCCAGUGAGCACGCCCGUCACAGUCUGUGGCGACAUCCACGGCCAGUUCUAUGAUCUGGAGCAACUGUUUCGAACCGGCGGCCAAGUGCCCGACACGAAUUACAUAUUCAUGGGUGACUUUGUCGAUCGGGGCUAUUACAGCCUGGAGACAUUCACCCGACUGCUGACGCUCAAGGCCCGCUAUCCCAGCCGGAUUACGCUAUUGCGGGGCAACCACGAAACGCGGCAGAUAACAAAAGUCUACGGCUUCUUCGACGAGUGCUUCAGCAAGUAUGGCAAUGCGAACGGCUGGAAAUACUGUUGCAAGGUGUUCGAUCUGCUCACUAUCGCUGCGAUCAUUGACGAGACUGUGCUGUGCGUGCACGGCGGCCUGAGUCCUGAGAUUAUAACGCUAGAUCAAAUACGGACCAUUGAGCGCAAUGGUGAGAUACCCUAUAAGGGAGCCUUCUGUGAUCUGGUCUGGUCCGACCCGGAGGACAUGGAGUAUUGGGGCCAGAGUCCGCGUGGUGCUGGCUGGCUGUUUGGUCAUAAUGUGACCAAAGACUUUAUGACCAUCAACAAUCUGGAUUUGAUAUGUCGAGCACACCAGCUGGUCAACGAGGGCAUCAAAUAUAUGUUCGAGGGCAAGCUGGUUACAGUUUGGUCUGCGCCCAAUUAUUGCUAUCGCUGCGGCAAUGUGGCGGCCAUACUCAGCUUUGAAACGGCGCAACAGCUCGAAACGAAAAUCUUCCUAGCCGUUCCCGAUUCAGAUCGUGUCAUACCCAAACAGAAUACGACGCCUUACUUCUUGUAGAACUCCAAACGAGAUUGCAGAAGCCAACAACAAGAUACGGAAACAAUCAAGCGACCAAAACGAUGCUCCGCCCGUUCGCACUGCCAGCGACCAAAUUGAAUUGAAUUACCUACCGAUGAAAUCGGCAGCCGCCAGCAGAUAAGCCAAAACUCCAUCUAUACACACAUGCACACACACGCACACACAUACACACACACGCGCAUAAACUUGUUAAUAAAUUAGUUGGCGCGUAAUGAGAGAAGAAAAAAAAGCAAAACAGAAAAAACGUAUUCAUGUCAAAAGUAGUCAUGCUCAAAAGAUUUGUUCAAUUUUAUUUUUUUGUUCCCGGUUAGUCAGCCGUUAUUUUUAUAUAUAUUUCUUAUCUAUUUGUAGAUCAAUAAUAUAUAUUUGUUUACCUUUGUGCUACUUGUAUUUAAAGCCGAUUGUGUGGCUCAAAGCGCGACAAAUGAAACCCGAUCAAAGGAAACUCAUAAGAGCAAAAGACAAAUUUGUAAAUGCAUUUCAUUUUUCAUCAUCCUCAAUUAAGUGCAACUCCGUGAGAAACGUUUCAAUUGUAUAUACUUACAUAUAAUGUGCCUGUACUCGUAUUUAGAUAUCUAAAAAUACUUAAGGAUAUUUUCCAAAUGAAUUGAUUGGAAAAUUCCCUUCAUAUACAAUAUCUUAAAUGCUUAGUAAAAUAUAGAUUGCAAACGAUUUAAUUCACCGCAUAUUAUUAUUAUCGCCUACACCUACACUGACACAGCUUGACUCUGAUGGUAAUCUAUCGGCAACUACAUAUAUACCCAUCACUAUGUAUACGGAUCAGCUUAAAUACAAGAAAGUCGAUCGACUGAUUAUCGGAAUUUCUUUUCGGAACACCAUUUGACGACGGAUUCUUAAACCAAUCUCUGUUGAUUUAUUUUGAAGCCAAAUACCAGAUACCAAAUAUGCUCUUGAACUUGGGGCAUAUACAGCGAUCUAACUAAUUGCUGAUCAAAUAGCUAUUAUAUCAGGAUAAGAUCUUCCGUGUCAAUGACCAAUGCAUAUUCUGUGUGAAGACCUCGUAUAUUCCCUCAUCAUUCGUCCUUCUCCGAAGGUUUCAUUUUGUAAAGUAAAGUUAAGAAUGUGAAAUUCAAGUCUGUGCUCUAUAAUAUAAAGAAUAAACACGCUUAGAUAUAAUGCCUCGAACGUUGUGAAAUCAAAUCAACAAUUAUCAGCAAUGAAUCAGAAUUGUGUGCGUUCAGCUCAUUCGCUCUCGCUCGCACAACAGCAAGUCAGUGCCGUUUGCCCCACUCGCACCCGAUGAACAAUAAAGUAUAAACAGAAUUUGAAGUUUUAAUAAUUUGAAUUUAUUGCAUAUCAGAGUUGAAAUCAUAAAAAGAUACUAUACCAUUGAAAAAUGAAGUAGCUUUAAUUGUAUGCAAUAAUAAACAAUGACUAUUUCAUAUAAUGUAUAAGGUAUAAUAUAAUUAUUAAUUUUUGUUUUAGUUUUCAUGGCUCCCGGCCAUGUCACAGUGUAUGCAGAGUGUAACAACAACAAUUACAAUAUAUCUUUAUAUAAAAUAAAAACUGGCUAAACAAAAUAAAUUAAUAGUAAUAGUUUGUCUAAAAUCAACAACAACAAUAGCCUUUUUCGACUAGCUGCAGAUUUGAUACAAAAAAAAUAAAAUGGAAAGCCAAAAAAAAAAUGUUA